AUGGAGGAGUUUCAGGGAUGCAUAGAGGACUUGGAGGUACAGGACCACCCUUUUGUAGGUCCACUUUUUACAUGGUCAAAUAAGCAAGAGGGGUCGUAUCUGGCCAGAAAAUUGGAUAUGAUCAUGAUUAAUGCUCAGUGGUUGCUGGAAUUAUCAGAUUCUUUUGCAGAAUACAAGGCCCCUGGUGUGAUGUUCAGCAAGCUGAAGAGAUUGAAGCCAAUUUUAAAGGACCUGAACAAUCAGCAUUACUCUGACAUUUCUGCUAGGGUAAUUGCUAAGAGGGCUGAGCUUGAGCAUGUUCAGAUUUUUAACCUAGCUAGGGCUAAUCAAAUUAGAAUUGAAGAGAAAAGAAGAAUUCAGUCAUAUUUGGAAGGGGACCUAAAUACAAAGUUCUUCAAUCAAAAAGUGGAGUCUCACAAGAAGAUGAACACUAUAAGAGUCAUCAAGAAUGAAGCUGGGCAUUACCUUGAGACUUUUGAAGGAAUGGUUGCAGUGCUGUUAGAGUUCUAUAGCAAACUAAUUGGGGCAGCUGAUCCUUUGGUUCAAGGAUGUCAGAUUGAAGGGUUAAGGGACCUUCUGAAUUAUUCCUUGCCUGCUGGAGCUGACAGAGUCCUGGUUGGGGAAAUUUUAGACAUGGAAAUCAAAGAAGCCUUGUUCAGACAAGGAAAAGAUAAAAGCCCUGGGCCUGAUGGAUAUACUUCCUCGUUUUUCAAGACUGUUUGGGGGAUUGUAAGUAAAGACUUCCUAAGUGCUGUGAGGAUCUUGGUCACUAGACUUGCCCAAUACUUCCCUGACAUGAUCUCAGCUAGUUUGUCAGCUUUUGUAAAGGGCAUAAGCAUUACUGACAACACUUUAUUAGCCCAAGAGAUUGUUAAAGGAUAUUCUAGAAAGAACAUUUCCCCUAGGUGUGUAAUUAAGAUUGACUUGCAGAAAGCAUUUGAUUCGAUUAAUUGGGGGUUUAUGCUUAAUGUUCUGGGAGCUAUGAGUCUGCCUGCUAUAUUCUAUGCUGCAGCUAGGAAUGGAAUUUUCAAAUAUCAUCCUAGGUGCAAAAGAAAUUCACUUGCUCACAUUUGCUUUGUUGAUGACUUGUUGCUAUUUUGUUAUGGUUCUAUGGAUUCAGUGUUGGGUGUAGUAAGUGUCCAAGAUAAAUUUUAUGAGCUGUCUAGACUAAGGUUAAAUGCUUCUAAGACUGAGAUUAAUGCUUGUGGGUUGAAUGGUGGUGACUUAGAGGAGAUUCAGUGUGCAACCGAUUUCCGAAUUGCCCAGCUCCCUGUUAGAUACUUGGGGGUGCCACUUGUAACUCGUAAGCUCUCAGAGAAAGUUUGUAUUGCCCUUUUGGUGAGAAUUAAGGAGAAGUUGAGACAGUGGUCAAGCAGGAAAUUAAGUUUUGGUGGGAGGUUGCAGUUAAUUAAAACAGUUAUGUUCAACAUCUUUAGCUACUGGAGCAAGCAACUUGUUUUACCAAAGGGAGUGAUCCAAGACAUUGAAAAGUUAUGCAUGUGCUUCUUUUGGAAAGGAAAUGAUACCUUGGCUAGGGAAGCUAGAGUUAGUUGGAAUCAAAUCUGCUCACCGAGAUCCGAGGGAGGCCUAGGGCUAAUGAUGGCUGAUUGGAACAAGACUUGCUAUUUUUUGCUAGUUAAGAACAUUCUAGCUGAUGAGGGCUCUUUGUGGAUCGCCUGGAUUAAAGCCUAUUGUUUCAAGCAUGAGGAUUAUUGGAGUGUGGGGAAUAAAUCUCAUUUCAGCUGGAUACUUAGGAAAUUGAUCAAGUUGCGAGAAGAGGUUGGGGUUCUGUUCCCAGCUCCUGUAAGCUGGACACAGGUCAGAGGUAGAUGGGUAUGGGAUAGAAUUCGAGAAAGAAAGGAAAAAGUGGAAUGGUAUUGCCUUGUCUGGUUUCCUGCUCAUAUCCCAAAGUUUUCUUUGAUCACAUGGAUGACAAUCCUUGAUAGGCUACCUACCAAGGACAUACUUGCUCGGUUUGGAGUGGUGACAGACCUUGGUUGCGGGCUGUGCGAGAUUGGAUUGGAAUCCAAGAACCACCUGUUCUUGGAAGGCCCUUACUUGAGAGCAGUCUGGGAUUAUGUCUUACAUGAUUGCAGGUUGCAGCAGCAAGGAUUAAGUUGGGAUGAUCUACUCUGCUGGAUGGCUAGCAAUUGGAAGGUGACCAUCCAUAGUUUAGCCAAAGAAAUUCGCUCACCGUUCCGUUUUCUUCUUCUUGCGCCACCACCACCACUGGCGGCUCCAACAUCGUCGAUCAGCGUAGCCAUCGCUCCCACAUGCCAAUUCCCAUCUGAAUCCUGA